GCGGCCCCGGGGGAUGGAGCUGCUGGAGAUAGACCUGGAGGGCGGGAACUCCUGGGAACCCGCGGCAGGAGCGGGGAGCCCCGGCCCGCAGCGCCAGGGCGCUAGGGGCAGGGGCGGCAGCAGCGCGGACAGCCUGGCCGAAGAGGAGGAAGAGGAGGAUCCCGCGGGCAGGUACCGCAGAACCUCGUCCCUAGUGAGCGGCCUCCUGACCGAGCUGUAUAGCUGUGGGGGCCGCGCCCGGCACCGGGACAGCGUGGACAGCUCCACCGAGGCGUCCGCGGGCUCCGAUGUCUUCCCCGGGGGCAGAGGCAGCAGCGCCGAGUCCCGCUUCCUCCAGGAGCUGCAGCAGCGGCGGAGCCAGCGGCACCAGCUCGAGUAUCUGAGCCAGAAAGAUGCUGAUGAACUGGCAACUAUAGUACGAGAACUGAAUUACAGAAUUUGUGUUCAGUCAGCAAAGCUGCUUCGUCAUCUAAAGCAGAAAGAUAGGCUUUUACAUAAAGUGCAGAAGAACUGUGAUAUUGUCACAGCAUGUUUGCAGGCUGUUUCCCAGAAACGCCGGGUUGAUACAAAGUUGAAGUUUACUCUCGAACCAUCUUUAGGUCAAAAUGGUUUUCAGCAGUGGUAUGAUGCUCUCAAAGCAGUGGCCAGACUGCCAACAGGAAUACCAAAGGAGUGGAGGAGGAAGGUUUGGCUGACCCUAGCAGAUCACUAUCUUCAUAGUAUAGCAAUUGACUGGGAUAAAACUAUGCGCUUCACUUUCAAUGACAGAAGUAAUCCUGAUGAUGACUCCAUGGGCAUUCAGAUUGUAAAGGAUCUUCACCGAACUGGUUGCAGUUCUUACUGUGGCCAGGAGGCAGAGCAGGACCGAGUCGUGUUGAAACGAGUUCUGCUGGCUUAUGCUAGAUGGAACAAAUCAGUUGGAUAUUGCCAAGGCUUUAAUAUACUAGCUGCACUCAUCUUAGAAGUAAUGGAAGGCAAUGAAGGGGAUGCCCUGAAAAUCAUGAUUUACCUAAUCGACAAAGUACUGCCUGAUAGCUAUUUUGUCAAUAACCUUCGUGCAUUGUCUGUGGAUAUGGCUGUUUUCCGAGAUCUUUUAAGAAUGAAACUUCCUGAACUGUCCCAGUACUUGGAUACGCUUCAGAGAGCUGCAAACAGGGAAAGUAGAGGAGGCUAUGAACCCCCACUUACCAAUGUCUUCACAAUGCAGUGGUUCCUGACCCUCUUUGCUACAUGCCUUCCUAAUCAUACAGUUUUAAAGAUCUGGGAUUCAGUAUUCUUUGAAGGUUCUGAAGUUAUACUGAGAGUAGCACUGGCUAUCUGGGCAAAGUUAGGCGAGCAGAUUGAAUGCUGUGAAACUGCAGAUGAAUUCUACAGUACUAUGGGCAAACUAACCCAGGAGAUGCUGGAAGACAACCUGAUUGACAGCAAUGAACUCAUGCAGACCGUUUAUUCCAUGGCUCAGUUUCCUUUUCCUCAACUGGCAGAAUUAAGGGAGAAAUAUACAUACAACAUUACUCCAUUCCCUGCAGCAGUAAAAUCAACUUCAGUUUCAGGAAGGCUAGGCAGAACCAGAGAUAGUGAUGAGGAGAAUGACCUGGAUGAUGAAGAUUCAGUUGCCAAUGCAGUUGGCUGCCUUGGACCAUUCAGUGGGCUCUUGGCACCAGAGCUACAGAAGUACCAAAAACAAAUCAAAGAUCAGAAUGAAGAACAGAGUUUGGGGUCUAGUAACAUUGCGGAACUAAGUCCAGGGGCAAUAGACUCCUGUAGAAGUGAAUACCAUGCUGCUUUUAACAGUAUGAUGAUGGAGCGUAUGACCACUGACAUUAAUGCAUUGAAAAGGCAGUAUUCCCGAAUAAAGAAGAAGCAGCAGCAGCAGGUUCAUCAGGUGUAUAUCAGAGCAGGGUCUGAAGAUGACGACCCUGGGAUCUUGUUAGGUCCCAGGGACCAGCUGAAUAAUGACAAAGGGCCAGUUACCAGUCUUCUCCCCUCUCAGGUAAACCAUUCUCCAGUGAUAAACCACCUUCUUUUAGGAAAGAAGAUGAGGGCGACCAAUAGAGCUGCCAAGAAUGCAGUCAUUCAUAUCCCAAGUCACACAGGGGGCAAAAUGUCACCCAUUCCCCAUGAAGAUCUUAAAACGAAACUCAACUCUCCCUGGCGCACUCACAUCCGAGUACAUCGAAAGAACAUAGCUAGAGCCAAAUGCCAGCUGGGCUAUGGGGAUACCAUAGGACUCAUAGAAGAGCAGAGUGAAGGCUGCAAACCAAAUAGCUGCAGUGCAAAGGAGGACCCUCCAAGCAAUUCUGAUUUGGGGGAAAGAGAGGGAAGUGGCUUGGAUAACAGGACUAUUCGGAAAGCUGAUGAACAGUCAGCUGAGGCACUUUACAAGGACACCAAUGCAAAUAUGUCAGUGGUUCAGCUGAAAUUAGAAGCACUGGAACUAACCCAAAAUAACAAACCUGAUGCUGAGCCAAUGUCCAAUCAGUCCUGCCCAACACACUUAUCAGAAUCACCUAGUUUAUCCAGUGACAGUGGAACAUUGGCUAAAUCUUCCCAAGCCAGCAAUCCUAAAUUACAAGUGUUUAGCCCUUUCCCCAGCGUCAAACCCCUUCGGAAGUCAACUGCAGCCCGCAAUUUAGGUUUAUAUGGCCCAACUGAAAGAACUCCAACCGUGCACUUUCCACAAAUGAGUAAAAGUUUCAACAAGUCCGCCAACGGGAACAGUGGGACUAAAAAACGAUGAUGUACGAUCAGCACUUUAUAUUUCUGGAAAAAAAAUGUAUUGAUUGUUGUGUGUGUAUAUGUGUCCAAAAGAGUUUCUAAAUAGUUUAAUUCUUUAAAUGAAAUAAUGGGGACAAAGUGGUUAACAGAUGUAUAAAUAUGUAUCCUUGAAAAUUGUGCUCUUGUAAUGUAUGGAUAGAUUAGGGAAGAUGCAAUGUGGCUCACCACGUAGAUUAUAAUGGUUCUGUGGUAAAAUAAACAUUGAUUUGCAAUGUGAAGCAUGCUUCUACUUUUUAAAUCUAAUUUAGGAGAAACUGUAGGGCUGCCUCCUUCCCCCCUUCAAAGGGUGCUCCAUGUCCCUGUCAGGGCCCUGAAGAUAACUUUUCCAUCUUAGUCACCUAUACCCAUCUACAAAGCAUUCUGUAUGACUACCUGCCUUAUGGUUAAGUGGAACUGCCUUUAGAUCUCAUCAACAUGGCUCCCUAACUAGCUAGCGGAACUGCAAUUAAACAACAAUAAAUCAGGCAGAUACAGAAAUCAAAAGCAUCUCUUGCAGUGCAGAAAAUUACCACUAAUAUAUGGGACCAGCUGGAUGGUGAUUCAAAAACUAUUCAGCAGCAUUUAAUGUUUCUGUUCCUGUGGCAGGUCUUGUCUGCUGGUGUUACUUCUUUUCAAUUUUCAGUUUGAAGUUGGUCAGCUAAGCUAAAAUAAGAAGAAAAACAUACCCCCUUUCAUGACAUUGCAAAUUGCUACUGAAAAGAAAAAAUCUGUGGAGAGUCAUAGAGUAAUAAGAUUAAGGAUAUAUAGAGAGAGUUGUUGAUAAACUUCUUGGCUACAGUGGAUUUAAAAAAUAAAAUCUGUAGUUUCUUGCCAUUUUAAGGUAAGUCAAAUUUAACAUUAACUGUUGACAGUGGGCAGAAUUUUCAAAAGUGUUCAAGUGACUUAGGAAUUUAAGCCCCACUUGCAAAAGUGAUUUAGGAACCUAGGUCUCAUUGGAAGUCAACCCACCCAUUUAAGCAAGUGGAUCCACUCCAAUUGACUAAAAUGGAUUCAGAAAUAGGCCUGUGUAUAGGGUAUGGAAGUUUAAGAUUAAUUAUUAAUUCCAUUCUAAUUUCUUUUGCCAGUUGCUCAUAAUUUUUUCUCAAAUGCCCAGAAUACUGUCUCUCUUUUCCGCAGUUGUGAAACUUUCAAAGCUUGUAAGUUCCUUACGCCAAAUAACUCUGGAUUUCUUUCCAUAUAUAUUCAAACAGGGAAACUAAAUGUAAAACCCUAGGGAUAAUUCAACUUCAAGGUUGAAAACUCAAGCACUCAACUUCCAAAAAAUUCAGAUUGCUCCUAUAAUGUUGACUCUACCAUUAUGAACAUAUUGGCCCUGGUUCCCCACUGUGUUGCUUCAGAGUUCCACAGGCAUACGGAAGUAAUGCAGCAAUGAAUCAGCUCCAAGGUGUGUAGUAUUUGUCUCUUCCUAUAUUCUUUAAAUGUAAACUUUAAUAUAUCAUUGUUUAUUAAUGUAUCCCAUAAAAUACAUAGGAUGUACUAUAGUAAUUAAUGUAUACCAUAAAUUUAUAUAGGCUGUACAGUAUGCCCUGUUGGUUGUUGUGAGGACAACUUUAUCUUGUUCUUGUAUUUUAUAUAAGUGUAUGGGUGUAAUGUAAAUAUACAAAUAUAUAUAUUAUAAAUUUUAAACAGAUGGAGAUCA